GGGAGCGCGCACGUCGCUGUCACUGAGUUGGUUGUAGGAAAUGCGGACACAGCGAGAUGUCAGCAGGGCCGUGUUUAUCUCUUCCAGCGAUGCUGCCCGGUUCACAUUUCAGGGAGGUAUCCUGACUUUUUAAAACGCACCGCACAAGUGUACUCAAUGCCAGCAGUGCUACGGAUCUGUUUUCGCGCGGAUGAGUGGGCACGCAGUGCGGAGCGGCAAGUGUUUAGCUAACACCGUUAGCCCAGCGGCACACUCAGACUCCCAGCCCCAGCAUUUUCGGGUUUAUCUUUAGGACUUUUCAAUUGGCCCAGCGGCUUACCAGCGGCCUGCCUCGCUCCCGCCCUUACAUUCGUUCAGCGGCGGCAGCGGCAGCGGCGGGGGGGUCACGGUAACCGGAGCAGACAGGAGCCCCCCCCCCGGGACAGACAGCUGCGGGAAUAAUUACUGACUAUGGUCCUGUUUCUCUUUUGUUCAGCUGUAUCAGUGAGGAGCAGCUAUGGCUGAAAUCACCGCCCUCACUCCCUCCCCUCCCAGUAUGGCCGACCAAUCAGUGCCUGCUUCCUCCAGCCCACAGCCUCUCCCCUCAGAAACUCCCAUCCCAAAAUCAUCUCUCUAUGGGGACCGAGCCGUGAUGGGAAACCCAACAUUACCGAUGAGCGGGGAAAACUCCUCUUCUUGGGAAAGCACACCUGGCCAAAACAGUGCCGCUCUGUCUUCAACAGCAACAGAGAGCGCCGCUGGUGCGCCGGUAGAGCUACCAGCUGCUACAGAUGGAGAGACUAAUGGGAAAAAUGAUUUAGUUGGCCAAACGGAGCAGCACACUGAAGCACAGGAGCAACAGAUGUCGCCGUCGCCUGAACUUAAUCCCAGUCCUAAUCUCUAUCCCAACGUUCAAGUUAACAAGACUUCCAGUCCUGCUCCCUCUGUGGACAUUCCUCCUCAGUUUACACCUCCUGUUCCCGUCUCCAACCCGGCCCCCUCUUCACAAGACUCCAGGCAAACAGAAGCACAAAUGGUCCCCCAGCCCGAGCCUGCCCAGAACCCCGAACCCAAUUCUCCCAGCGCCGCCAAGAUGACCCCUGAGCCCCCCUGCACACCCUCCAAGACUGAGUCCCCAACCGUGCUGGUGCAGGAGUCCAGUGGGUCCUUGGUUCUGCCCUCCGCUUACUCGCGACCAGCCCCGGACACGCUCAGCUACCUGGAGUCGGCCAGCCUAAUGUCUGGCACGCUGGAGUCUCUGUCGGGCCUCGGCGAGGACGGCAGCUCGGUGGGGUCAGACUCAGAGAUCAACGGUCCAGUGAGGGGUACUGAUAAAUAUGGCUUCCUGGGGGGAGCGCGGUACAGUGAGGGCAGUGAGGCGGAGCUCGCUGUGGCCGUGGCGAGGCAGAGAGAGAUGAAAUGGUUGGACAUGUUCAGAAAUUGGGACAAAUGGGCAUCUCACCGCUUUCAAAAGGUGAAAAUGCGCUGCAGGAAAGGAAUCCCCUCCUCACUCAGAGCUAAAGCCUGGCAGCUGCUCUCCAACAGCCAGGAGCUCCUUGAGUCCAAUCCUGGAAAGUUUGAUGAGUUGGAGCAAGAGCAGGGAGAUCCGAAGUGGUUGGACAUCAUAGAGAAAGACUUGCACAGGCAGUUCCCAUUCCACGAGAUGUUUGCUGCUCGGGGAGGACAUGGGCAGCAGGACCUGUACCGUAUACUGAAGGCCUACACAAUCUAUCGGCCAGAUGAGGGCUACUGUCAGGCUCAGGCCCCAGUGGCAGCAGUGCUGCUCAUGCACAUGCCUGCUGAGCAAGCCUUCUGGUGUCUUGUGCAAAUCUGUGAGAAAUACUUGCCUGGCUACUACAGUGCUGGGUUGGAAGCUAUCCAGCUGGACGGAGAGAUUUUUUUCUCUCUUCUGAGGAGAGUUUGUCCCAUGGCUUACCGUCACCUGAAGAAAUUUAAGAUCGACCCCAUCUUGUACAUGACAGAGUGGUUUAUGUGCAUUUUCUCCCGUACGCUGCCUUGGUCUUGUGUCCUGCGUGUCUGGGACAUGUUCUUCUGUGAAGGAGUGAAGAUUGUGUUCAGGGUGGGUCUGGUGCUCCUCAAGCAGAUGUUGGGGUCUGUGGAUAAGCUCCGUGAGCUGCAGGGCAUGUAUGAGACCAUGGAGCGACUGAGAAACAUUCCUCCUGAAAAUAUCAUGGAGGAAGUUUUGGUGCAAGAGGUGGUCUCUCUGUCUGUGACGGAGGCCCUCAUCGAGAGGGAGUGCGGUAUUCAGGUGCGCAAGUGGCGGGAAUCUCGUGGAGAAUUGACUCACCAACCGGGUCGGCGUUUGCACGGCACACGGGCCAUCUUCGAACAGAAACACCGGGCUGCUGCGAUCAGCUCUGGUGGCAGCCUGUCGUUCCUGAGCAGUCACAUCCCUCCCCCUGGACCCUUACGUGCGUCAUCAAGCCUCCUGUCACUUCCUGGCCUUAGAAAGUCCAAGAUGCCGUUUCACUCACAGAAUAAGAAGGGCACCACUUCUGGCAGCUUGGGCCAAGAUAUCGUCCCACUGCAGCCCCUUGUAGGCGGCACCAGUGCAGUGGCCUCAAAGCCUCCUGUGCCAUCUGCCUCUAACGCUGGUGCCGGUGGACGUCCCCCAGCGCUGCAUGGGCCCAGUCCACUAGCUACAUCAUCUACUACCACGCCACCAGCUCCAACUGCACACGCGUCCAGCGCGCAGAUGCUUCAGCCGUCGCCUAAAGUCGUCUCUGAGCACAUCACCCCCACAAUCCCAUCGCCCACCGCAAACAACGCCCCAUUACCACCUUGCCCGGAAACCGCAAAAACGGCAGUGGAGGAAGAUGGAAAAAAGAAAAAGAAAACCAAGGAGGACAAGAAGCGAGAGAAAGAGGAGGAGAAGCUAAAAUCACGGGAGAAGAAAGAGAAGGAGAAAACCGAGAAAGAAAGGAUGAAGAAGGAAAAGGAGAAAGCCGAGAAAGAGAAGAAAAAGGAGAAGGGGGGUAAGAAAAAAGACAAAGGGGGAGGAGGAGAGACUGAGGAGAAGAACGGAGCCGCAGCAGCAAAAGAUUUGGCCUAAUUCCUGCCCCGUCAUUCCUUCAGCAAGAAUAAAAGCAUGAGAAUAGUGGAAAAAAGAGGACAAGGAAUCAAAACGGCUGAUGACUGGUGAAAAGAGUGUGAGAGAGAGAGCGAGAGCGAAUCGCCUGGAAUGUCCAUUUCAUCUCAAGUACUCAUUUCACAAGGAUAACUGGAUCACUGCAUCUGCCCCACGACUCUCAUCAUCUCAUCUGCACUGUCCUUUUACCCAAUGCCGAAACAGGAAGCAGUUAUUACUCUGCCUUUUGUUUUUGUUUUUUUGAAGUUGGAGAUAUCUGAUUGAUGAGAUCAGCUGUAUAAUUAGUAGUCAAUUCUAGUAUACUGGGUGCCAUGGUGAACAUAGACCUCUAGCACCAUCUGUGCCAGUCCAGCCCCACAACCCCCCUCUGUCUAUCACCCGAGAGCUGUCUCAACCAGAAUACCUGAAUAAAACUGUUCUGUGAUGAGGAAAGCGCAGCGGUGACUAGUCAUAACUUAUCUGUGAGUGCUCUGGAGGACCUAUUUAUUCAUUGUACUGUUGAUUGUUAGUGUGUGUUUGUGUGUUCUUGUAUGUCUGUGCCUUGGCAGUGUAGUGAAUCGUGUCACAGUCUUGUGCUGCAGACCGGUCUCGUCUUUCUUCUCUCUUUUCAGUCUCUCAAAGGAGCUCGUCUUUACAGGUGUGGUCUCGUAAGAGGAACUGAUAAGUGUUGGGGGGACUGGAGGAGCUAAAUUGAACUGGGGGGAAAGGUACGUUCUCCUUUAAAACAGUGGAGAGAGCCACUUUUAACUGUCUAUUUAAAAUAAAAAAGGUUUGAAUAUCCAAGUUAACAUAAUUACUAAAAGGAAAUUAAAACUGUUUAUGAUUAGUGCACCUAUCUCUGCUCAAAGACUCUCAAUCUGUCAUUACAUCAGACUCACCAAAAAUUCCCUUUUGAUGCCCAAGAGUUUAUUUGAUUUCUUUCUUUUUCGAACAAAUUGCAUCACAUAAACGUUAAAGUCUGCCAAGUGUGUCAGUCACUCCAGAUAUCUGUGGUUUGAUGUUAAUUAUCUCGAUGUUGAUAUGGAUGUAGAGUUCAGACUAGAACUUUAAUAAAUUUAUGCACUUGAGGCCUGUUGAUUUUCACCACUAACCUUGAUCGGUUUGUUAAUGCAGGGCACUCUCUAAUCCAGCUCUCAUGACUCCUGAAGUCUGCGCCUUGUUGGACGGGAAGGGUUUGGUGCAGCACUGUAGCAUUAACCUUUGCCCUUUGAAGCUCUUGGCUUCAGGCUGUAAUGUUUUGAUGUAUAAACUAUUAAUUUAAUCGGAUGAAACCAUAUACUAUCUAUUACAGCUAUUAUUAGUCUCCUUUUGGAUUAGAUUUUUUAUUUUUCUAUGCAAGUAUGCAGAGGCCUGGUAGACUGGAAUGGCAGUGAGCUUGGUUUUAGGAGAGCGAUGUAUUUAAUCGCAGGAUUUAUUUUUCUUUUAUUUUUUAAGCACUGAAAAUUAUUUUUGCACAUUUUUCUCCCAACAUCCCGGAGAACAAAAACAAGCAGUUGUUAUUUAUUUUAGACAUUUUAUAAUCACUAGUUUAUCUAAUAUUACUGCAGUAUUUGUGUUAUGGGAGAUAGUGAUUUCAUACUGAUUAUUAUUUCAUUCUGAUCUUUUUUUUUAUAUAAUAUUAUUAUUAUUAUUAUUAUUGUGUCCCAACGAAGGGGGAAGUGAUCCCAAAGAGUUGUGAGAGAAAAGGAAUGGAUCAAUAAAAUGUGUGCUAGACAUUUAUGUAUUAAUUAAACAUGUAAAAUAUCAUUCUUAACACGACCUUCACCCAAACAGUGUUACUCUUGAUGUGAAGUGAACACUGGCGAAUUGAACUCCACCGUAAUCCACUGACCCCUCAGUAUUAUGAAUUAUUCUGAUACAUUCACCAGGUGACUGGACCAUACUUACUAGACUCCUACUCAAUAUAGAAUAUUUUCUGUCAAGACAGAAGAGACCUGAAGUGGUUUCUAGGUUGCAAUAUGGUAGCCAAAUACUCUGUCAAUGUUUUAAUGGUGUCUCCUGUGUUUACUGGACUUGUUCAGUCUCAACUGCAGGGGGUCAAACCUCCGCCUCACCUGUCAGUGGUGCCCUCACUGACCUCAGUGGUCGUUGCUUCCUCUAAAGGCAGUACUAUUCAAAUGGAAAGCAAGCAAAUUAUGUCUAUGCAAAUUGUAUGUUCCUAACUCUCUGCACAAUGUAGAUGUUGACAUUUAUGGUGUGGCCACCAGGGGGCUCAAACUACCUUCACUGCUGACAGCAGCACUGGAACUGUUGAAGGAAAGGUGGAGUGGAUGUCUUAUUAUCCUGAAGAACUGCUCUAAGUUCCAAGCACUAGCCUAAACCUGGUUUUGCACCUGUCAGGCCACCUUCACUAACACCAUCUUGUCUGUACUGCCAACCAAGUGCAUGACCGGUGGACUUAAAAUGGUUUGGACGCUGUGCUCACCAAUAAUUAAUGCAAGGCCAUCCAGUGUUGGUUUACUAACACUCUUGAGACAGCUGGGACUGGGUGUAAAGUAGUUUGACUUCUCUUAAGGAUUUCUGCAUUGCUAAAUAUGACCCAAUGUAUGUUGUAAAAUUGAUCUUAAAUCAUUUUAAUUUUCAUUUUAAUGUGUUUAGGUUAGUUUUCUCAUCUUGUCCUUUGUAUGUCUCAUGCUUGUUUUUUAUGUUUACAUGAAACCAUUUACAGUUGAGGAUGAAAUAAAUUCAUAGAUGAAGUUGUUCUAAAACUGCAGAAGAGGAAGUUCACAGUGUAGUUAAUAAUUACAGUUGUGAUGAAUAAUAAAUCAUAAUAUAU